GAUCUUCAGAUCUCAGCCUCCAGAGUAGCCAGGAUGACCGGCGGGAGUUGCCGGCUCCCUGCCCACUAUUUUAUUUUUCUGUGUUUUUCACAUUUCAUGGCAUGGGUGCACCAGUUCCGCUCAUUUUGGGGGGGGGGGGGACUCUUGAGAUUCAAGGAAUCGCUGCGAACAAGCCCCAGCGGGAACCCUCCCUCUUCCAACAACCAGAAGGAGCUGGAGACUACAAGUCCCGGCGUGCCUCGCGGCGAAGAAACUACAACUCCCGGCGUGCCUCGCGUGGGCGCGCGCGCGAGAGAAGAGGCGGCGACCGCAGCAGCAGCGGCGGCGAGUGACGGCGGCGGCGAGUGACGGCGGCGCCAUCUUUCGCGGCGCGGAUUGAAUGAGCGCGCCGAACCCGGGUUGCCGUCGGGAGCCGCGCAGAUCGCGAGCAGCCGCCGCCGCCGCCGCCGCUGCCAUGGCCUCCCCGCUGCCGGGCCGCACGGGCGGGGCUGCCACGCCGCUGUCGCCCACGCGCCUGUCGCGGCUGCAGGAGAAGGAGGAGCUGCGGGAGCUCAACGACCGUCUGGCCGUCUACAUCGAUCGCGUCCGCGCCCUCGAGCUGGAGAACGACCGGCUGCUGCUCAAGAUCUCCGAGAAGGAGGAGGUGACCACUCGCGAGGUGAGCGGCAUCAAGGCGCUGUACGAGUCGGAGCUGGCCGAUGCCCGGCGGGUGCUGGACGAGACAGCCCGCGAGCGUGCCCGCCUGCAGAUUGAGAUUGGCAAAGCACGAGCCGAGCUGGACGAGGCUGACAAGAGCGCCAAGAAGAGGGAGGGAGAGCUCACGGUGGCCCAGGGCCGCAUGAAGGACCUGGAGUCCCAGUUCCACCGCAGUGAGGCGGAGCUGGCCGCUGCUCUCAGUGACAAGCGCAUCCUGGAGAGUGACGUGGCCGAACUCCGGGCCCAGCUGGCUAAGGCAGAGGACGGCCAUGCAGUGGCCAAAAAGCAGCUUGAGAAGGAGACGCUGAUGCGCGUGGACUUGGAGAACCGCUGCCAGAGCCUGCAGGAGGAGCUGGACUUCCGCAAGAGCGUGUUCGAGGAGGAGGUGCGGGAGACGCGGCGGCGGCACGAGCGGCGCCUGGUGGAGGUGGACAGCGGGCGGCAGCAGGAGUUCGACUCCAAGCUGGCACGGGCGCUUGAGGAGCUGCGCGGGCAGCACGACCAGCAAGUGCGGCUCUACCGCCAGGAGCUGGAGCAGACCUACCAGGCCAAGCUGGACAACGCCAAGCUGAGCUCCGACCAGAAUGACAAGGCAGCCAGUGCCGCGCGGGAGGAGCUCCAGGAGGCCCGCAUGCGCGUGGAGUCCCUCAGCUACCAGCUCUCCAGCUUGCAGAAGCAGGCCAGUGCGGCUGAGGAACGAAUCCGGGAGCUGGAGAACUCCCUGGCCAGCGAGCGUGAUAAGUUCCGCAAGAUGCUGGAUGCCAAGGAGCAGGAGAUGACAGAGAUGCGGGACGUGAUGCAGCAGCAGCUAGCCGAGUACCAGGAGCUGCUGGAUGUGAAGCUGGCACUGGACAUGGAGAUCAAUGCCUAUCGCAAGCUGCUAGAGGGCGAGGAGGAGAGGCUGAAGCUGUCCCCCAGCCCAUCCUCCCGGGUCACCAUCUCGCGGGCCACAUCAAGCAGCAGUGGCAGCAGCGUGUCCACGGCCGGGCGGCCGGGCCGCAGCAAGCGCCGGCGGCUGGAGGUGGAGGAGUCCCCGGGCAGCGCCUCCAGCGGCAUUGGCUCAGGCAGCAGCAGCAGCAGCAUCGGCAGCUUCCGCCUGGCCCAGCAGGCCUCGGCCAUGGGCAGUGUGAGCAUUGAGGAGGUGGACCUGGAGGGCAGGUUCGUGCAGCUCAAGAACAACUCGGACAAGGACCAGUCCCUGGGGAACUGGAGGAUUAAGAGGCAGAUCCUUGAGGGUGAUGAGAUUGCCUACAAGUUCACACCCAAGUACGUCCUGCGGGCUGGCCAGACAGUCACGGUUUGGGCAGCUGGUGCCGGUGUGGCCCAUAGCCCCCCAUCGACACUGGUGUGGAAGAGCCAGAACAGCUGGGGCUCGGGCGAGAGCUUCCGAACCAUCCUGGUCAACUCUGACGGAGAGGAGGUGGCCGUGCGAGCUGUGAAGCAGUCCUCCCUGGCGAGGGAGAAUGAGAAUGGCCAGGAGGAGGAGGAGGUGGAGGCGGACUUUGGAGAGGAGGACCUGUUCCACCAGCAGGGGGAUCCAAGGACCACGUCCAGGGGCUGCUACCUCAUGUGAGCUGACUCGGCAGCCCUCAGCCUUCCCAGAGUCACUGAAGAGUAUUUUUCUAUCGUUGGCUUCCCUUAGUCCUUGGUACAUUUCUAGACGAUUUUUAAGCAAACUGCCAGAAGGCAGCGGUGGCUCUGCUGUGCUUCCUGUGUUUUCAGAUCCCUACGCCCACUUCCCACUAUCCAGGAGACUUGUCGUCGUUUCCCACCCCCACUCCCCCCCUUCACCAAGGCCAGGCCAGUGCUGUGCUGCAGAGCCCACCUCCCAGGUGUCACUGCCUGUGCUUGGAGGGCAGUGUCAGCCUGGGAGGAAUGGGUGGGGUUCCUUGAGUCUUGCAGUGGAUAGUGGGAAACUAGUUGGGAUUUGACAGACGUGAGUGUUAUUUGUUCAAACCUUCUUAAAAACCAAACUCAGAAUCCAGGUUGUAGCCAGGCGGAGGUGGGGGUGGGGUGGGGUACCAGCUUGUCACCAUUUGGUGGCUCUACAUAUGACACUGGGAUACCAUCCAUACACCCAGAGUUGGGUGGAGGGUAGGAGUGGCCAGCCCUGGAUUCUGAUUGCCCUGGGCCUGGAAGUUGAGACGUUCCUGCUGGUGGUGGCAUGGGCAAGAGACAGGAGGGCGACUUCUCUGGGGCCUGUCCACUGCCCUUCCUAACCCUGAGGAAGAAGAGGGGGAGAAGAGGAAGCCUGGGAAACUGAGACGCCCCCCUUCUAAGCCAUCACCAGUACACAUGGGAGGGAAAAGGUCCAAGUAGUUUGCUGAGCUCAGGAGCCAAGGCCAGAGGAGUUGAUGGCAGCUGAGCACGUGCUGGGUGGAUCCUGACCUGUGGAGCUGGUGCUAGAGGGGGUCUCACGUAUACUGAAUCUGUCUGCUUGUGGCUUUAUCUGUGAUUUGCACUGCAGUGACACCCUUCUCAGUCACACGUGCCGAUGCCAGCCAUUCCUUCAAAUGGUUCUUGCACCUGGCAACCCUUUCCAAUAGCGUUUCCCCUCCACACAGACACACAGAAGUUAUUUUUUUAAUGGAUAUUUAUUUUUUUACAUUGGUCAGUACACAGGUUGCCAAGACCCCUGUCCCAGUGGCUUCAGGCCACAAGAAGUCAACCAUCCUUCAAUGGGUGGCACAAGGAAGUGGGGAUCCUGUGUUGAUCGGCUCUGAGCCCCUCCAAAUGACAUAUUUCCUUCAGAAAGUGCAGCUAGUCUUACUGAGCCAGAAGUUAUGCUGUCCCCAGAGUCUGUAAACACUGCUGUUUACAAACCAGCUGUCACCACAGCCAAUGGGACCUCCCUGCCCGCUGUGGCCGUCCCUAGGAGCUGCUGUGGCCAGACCCAAUCUGCCAGGCCUGAGUAGGGAAAGCACCAGCUACUUCCACCAAUCGCUAGCCCCAGAGUCCACCUGGCCCCCCCCCCCCCCUUCCACAAGGCCUGGAUUUUUUUCCCUGGCCACAUUUCUCUGGGCUGUUAAUUACCUUUUUCACGAGAGGACCAUGUGUGUAUCUUUCCCAGUUAAUUCCUGGUGGAGGCCUGGGCAGGUGAAGCUGCCAGCUCACAUUAGCUUCAGAUGCGCCAUCGCGGCCCUUCUGUGCCCCCGCCCUCCCCCCCCCUAGCCGGGCCUCAUGGACACGUGGAUCUGGCCGGGCCCUCAUGCCUUAGGGAUACUCAGCACCCGGCCCUGCGCGGUGAAGACAUCACAUCUACCGUGGACUUGGGGAAUCGGGGUUUUACUCGGUUUGGGUGUGCUGACACUCCCGCUAUCCAACUUGGCACCCCUUUUUCCCUGCCCCCUUGUUAAAGGUCUGCCUUGGCUUGCAGUGGGAACUCCUUUCCCAAGUCCUGUUUUGUAAGGUUGGGGGGGGGGGGGGCGGGCUGCUGUGCCGGUGCCCUUGGUGGUGUAUGUGGGUCUUUGGUGGCUGCCGGCAGUGGUGGAGGGAUUGACCAGGCGGUGCCGCAGAUUUGCAAGUAGGCCACGCGCCUGGGGAGUUGCGCUUGUCCUCCUGUACGCUUAGCUUUACUCCGGGCCCUCCCCGGGAGCAGGCCUGGGGAAGGGGCCCCUUAGGUUUCGGAGGUUUUAUUUUCGACAUGCAUGCCAAACGUGUGUUUUUCCUUUCCUCCAAUGACUUGUAAUAUACGUUUUAUGACUGGAAACUUUUGUACAACACCAAUAAACACUUGAUUUUGA